AUGUUCAAAAGAGCAGCUAAAAGGCAGAAACGCUCAGAAUUAGAGGAUAAAAUUGGACUCGCAGAGGGCUUGAGAGGCGCUGUGUCCGAUUCAGACGAGUCUGGCAGCGAUAGCGAGGGAAGUGAGGGGAGUGAAGACAGCGAGAAUGACAGUGAGAAUGGCAGUGACGAUGGCAGUGAGAAUGACAGCGAGGACAACGACGACGAAAAGAUCGACGACGACGACGUGGACGAGAACGACGAAGAAGACAGUUAUUCAAGUGCCUCUGAGCUAGAGGAUAUCACCAUCCACAACGCACUCACUUCACCUCUGUUCAGCGAAUAUCCCCAUAAGCGUUGCGCUAUUUGCCCAGGAAGGCUGUUUACAGCGGAUAAAUUUGGAAACGAGCAUCUCAAAUCCAAGGCUCACAACAGGCGUAUAAACAAGUUUAGACAGUUCAUCAAAGAUAAUAACGUGGAUACAGACGACGAUGUCCAUGCUUAUAUUGAUACAUACAACGAGCAGCAAGGCUCAAUGCCAAAACAGAAAUCUAAAAAGGAAGAAAAACGCACUAAUCAGGCUAAGAUUGCAAAGGAGAAGCGCUUGCUGCGUAAACUACAAGCACAGAAAACACUGCCAGUUCCUUUGGACGAAGUUGAGAAGAAACACGUCGAAUCGGAUAUGAAUGAGACAGGUACCCAGGAAAAUAUGGAGGCUAAGGAGGCCAAGAGAGUGCUUAGACGUGAGCGUAAGAAAGCAAACAAGGCCAAGUAUGCAGAUGAGCGGCGGCGACUUGCUGUUAGUGAGCAAGAUGAAAACAAGGGCAAGAGAGGACAGAACAAGGACAAUGCAGGUAAGAAGGAUAAGAAGAAUAAGAAAGGUUCAGUAAAGACAGAUAGUGCUGGCAAAGCUGAUAAGAAAGACAAGAAGGAGAAGAAAGUGAAAAUUGAUGACAAGUCAUCGGAAAAGAAGGAAAAGAAUAAUGACAAAAAUACUACAAGCGAAUCAAAGAAGCGUAAAAGUAAAAGUUUAGAAUGA